GUUACUUUGGAAAAUAUUUAAAUAAAUACAACGGCUCGUAUAUUCCACCGGGCUGGCGAGAGUGGGGUGGUUUAAUUAUGAAUUCCAAAUAUUAUAAUUAUUCCAUUAACAUGAAUGGAAAGAAAAUAAAACAUGGAUUUGAUUAUCAGAAGGACUACUAUCCAGAUCUAAUAGCAAAUGAUUCGAUCGCUUUUCUAAGACAAUCAAAGAAGUACAAUAACAACAAACCUGUGAUGUUGACAAUGUCUUUCCCAGCUCCGCAUGGUCCAGAAGAUUCUGCUCCACAGUAUUCCCAUUUGUUUUUUAACGUGACGACUCAUCAGACAAGUCUCUUCUACAGCGACAAAAAGACGUGGAAAAUUUCAAAAGAUCGUGUAGACGCAGAAAUCCACAAACUGCGACUGCAAUUGGAAGGUUUAAAGGAAUUCCGGAAGCAAUUGAAACAUGCAAAACCACAUUACGACUCUUCAGACGAAAACCGAUUCGAUUUUGGUCUAUCGAAUUCGGAUUUCUCCAAGAAUCCUCGCAAGCCGAACAAAAACUGGACAGUUGAUGAAACUCCAAACAAUAGAUAUAAUAUUAGAAAAAUGACGGUUAGCUACAACACUACUGAAAAAAGUAACCCAGAAAAUAAUACCCACUCAGAAACCUUUAGUAGCACUCCAAUGGAGCAUCAUCAGUCUAGCACAGAAGAUAUUUUUAAUAUUAAUAGCAUGGACACACUGGGCGAAAGAAACUAUUAUUCUACAAGUUCGCCGGAACAUACGUCAAAACCAUUAAAUCAUCAUCGUCACAACCAUUACCACCACAAACGAAAAAAUCCAUAUUCAAAUCACAAGCAUAAAGGUUUUAAUAUUAGUAGUACAAUUACCGAUUUACGGUCGACAACUUCUCGCACUACUGAAAACUAUUCAAUUACAACAGAAAAUUUACUCAGAGAAACCAACACGAUAGAAAUAUCUUUCUCAACUGAACUAGUUGCAAAUGAACCUUCAUCCACUUCAAGGAAACCAACUGAAUCUUAUUCGAGUACUACUACUACUAGGACAAACCAAUUUAAAAAACCUCCUACACUAGAUACUGAAGACAAGGAACCAAAUAUUAUGAAUGAAGUUUGUCAUUGUGAUAUUUCUCAUAAGCAAGCUGAAAAGGAUUUGGCAAAAGAAGCAAAACGGAAAUUGAAAGAAGAAAGGCUUAAGAAAAAGGAAAGAAAACAACGUAAAAAGGCCAAAUUGGAGAAAGAAUGUUUAGCUGAAAAAAUGAACUGCUUUAGUCAUGAUAACGAGCAUUGGAGAACGGAACCGUUAUGGACUUCCGGACCUUUUUGCUUUUGUAUGAAUGCUAAUAAUAACACUUAUUCAUGCGUAAGAACAAUUAACGCUACGCAUAAUUUUUUGUACUGCGAAUUCGUUACAGGAUUAGUUACAUUCUACAAUUUACGUAUAGAUCCAUUUGAGCUCCAAAAUAGAGUUAGUCAGCUAAAGCCAGAAGAACGGUCAUAUUUGCAUGAUCUACUAAAGACAUUAGUAGCUUGUAAAGGAAGAUCUUGUACUGUAGGAUCUCAUUCGCCAUAUCCCCCAGCUAGUAAAAUAAGAAGUCAUCUCUCUGCAUCCCCUCAAAAUCAGAAACAUCAAAAACAUAGAAAACUUGCUGAAGGUGUUGAAGCCACAGGUUUAGGGAGUUAUCUACAUAACAGGCAUAGACUUUAAUAGGAAGCAAAUUUGAAUGAAGCAAAUUCCAAAAUACACAUCGAAUUUCAUUCAACAAAUAUUCAACGCAUUUAAUCGUGCUUCAAUAUGCUUGUUUAUCUUCCAUGAAAAUAGACUGUUUUGUAAAGGCUGGUUGCAAUGUUAAAAAUUAACAUUGACAAAUAACAAUAAAAUUAUGAAUUGCUCUUUGCUGAUCUAGGUCAAGAAUGACAAAGCUCAUAAAAUGCUGAAAAUCUGGUCUUUAAGUUUUAGCAUGUUUUGUUAGUGAUACUAAAGUGUAAUAUUGUAAAUGUAUAUUAAUUAUUUAUUUUAAACAUGGUUUUAGAUCCCUG